AUGCGCAUAACACUCAUCCAGUUGGAAUUUGUAUUUGGAGAGCUGAACAGUGCGAUUGCUUGUAAAGUUAAAAUAAACAAAAAUUCGAUACCGAAUCGAAGAAUUCUGAUUUGCUGCAACGCUCUUAAGAGGCAAUGGGAAGUCAAAUAAGUGUUGGGACCAGCGGGGACGAUUCCCUUUCAACUCUUCGCAACAACCUGCUUCACACUCGAGACUCGAACUAUGUUCACCAAAAGCUAAGCCAACUAUUAAACAACGGUAAAAUUAACAGUACUACUCUCGCUGCGGAGUCCGAACUGAAUAUUGUUAAAUGCAUAGCCCGUGUUCACGGGCUACCGACCAUAUUCAAAAACAUUUUGGUAACACUUCCCAAUCAAGAGAAGCCACCAACACCUAGCUACAAAUACAAAGUAUUACUGAUUAUUAAAUAUGCUGUGUUGCAUAACCACGACUUCAUUACGCUUCAAAAUUUGUUCAGUCUUCUUCAAAGUUUUCCAGCGGAUUUGCACCGGGUAGCAGACUUCUUUACAGAAGAAUCCGUCACUCAACUUAUGCUAUCCAUAAUAACUAUACUCAGCCCUGAUCGGAUUGCUUCGGAUGGUAUUGACCCAAAUGUUGUCUGGCAACUAGAAAAUUAUUUGCCACUCAUCACCGGAAAUUACAAAGGAGAUGUGAAACGAUGCUUAGAGAAAAUGGGAUACUGGUCUGGCAACGCUGUCCAGCAUAUCAUGAGAAUGAAAGAGGACGGGGAUGCCAACUUCUUAAGAACUGGAAAUGACAUCAUCACCACCAUUCACAAGAAGAAAGGAAUCAAUGUUUCGGCUCAUGUUGUAAAAACGCAACAAACCGAGGCCCUCACCACGGAGGAAAAUGUUUCGGAGAAAACAGAAAUGUUAAAUAUAUCUCUAAGUAACUCUUUCAACCAGGGAAGAACGAGAACCAUGGCAGCCGCCAAGGCAAAAGAAACUUUAGCUACGGCCAAGUCGGCAACCGGCAGUGACCGGUGUUGGUACAAAACAACAGGCAUAGAACUUAACAAUUUUUUGUUGAAAGCUAGGGGCGGUGGCGCCAUUAGUCCGGUUGAUAUUGAGUACCUAACGAAUAAGCUCACCGGGUACAAAUUCAGCAUUACCCAGUCUAACCGUGACAUGAUUGUGAAAAUUGCAGAGACCUUUUACUUGAUUAGUAAAUAUCAACAGUUGAAGUUGGAGACGGUUUUGACGUUGCUAAAGAAGUUGCUCCAUGAGGACCAUAACGGUGGUAGGUAUACUGAUGCAAGAAUUCAUGUGCUGCAGACAACGGACAGGUACUGCAAUAGGUUUGGGAAGGUGCCGGACGUGAUUUCCGAACAUUUAAUAAAGUUUCGAGAUGAUUCGAAAGGAUGCACAAAAAGGAUGGAGAGAGCUAUUUGGGACAUUUUGUCAACAGAUGAUAAGAACAUAAAGGACAACAUUAAGCAUGCCAUAUCAAAGUUGAGGAGCGUAGAAGAUUGUGAGUCUGCUCUGAAUUAUUUGCAACGACAAAUUUCAAUCAAGGGAAGAGAGGAGGAGCUGGAGGCGUUUCCAGAAAUAGUUGAAAAACUUCUCAACGUGGCGCAGGGGAAAUACAGUGACACUAAAGACAGUGGAGAGGAGGAAGAGGAUGCAGAUGAUUAUUACAGAUUAGGAUGGUCGGAGUUGAACUGGUUGGAUACCAUUAACUACCCCGGAACUGUAGUCGGAACUAUUAUUAUUGCCAACACCAAGAAAUAUUUAUUUCCAAAGAAACAAGAGAAAAAUGAAGAUUGUGACAAACCAGACCCAGCGGCGCUAAGCUCUAAAGCGUUGGAAGUGUUGGAGGACCAUCUUCAGCGGACCAGAACGAGUGGUGUGGAACCGGCAGACAUCGAAAUUUUAAUAUGUAUUGGUAUCGCUGCCAAUGCAUCUGAAGACAUGAAAGGCAAAACUGUCCGGUGCAUUCUACGCUCUUUUGAAAAAGGGCUCAGAGAUCCCGAAUUGAAGUACUUUGAAAAAUUUUCCAAUGAUCAACUUGGGAUGUACUACAAUUUUUUGCUUAAGUUCACGACAUCUGGUGGCAUUGACAAGCGAUUGCAAGUGCUAACGUUGAUUCUUCUUGGGAAUUUACUGAACGUCACCAGUGAUGGUCACAUGGAAAAAGCUGCUGCCAAACAUCUAGCUUUUUUUCGAAGACAGCUUCAACGAAACGACAUCCUUCUGUCGGAAAAAGGCAAGGUGGUACUUGAAGAUGAACUGGAGAAGGACUUUUUUCACUACGACCCACCUCCAGAAGAAUACGAAAUGGUGUCCACCUACAUUGUCAAAAUUCUUUUGAAGUUGGUUCACCACGACUCCACCACGUGCGAUGAAGUCACUAUGGCAACCGUUAGUCAAGUUAUGCUCAACAGUCCCGGAAAAAUGACCAAAAUCCUUUGCUCCGAAUUUAUAUUCGCAGCUGCCAAGGCCUGUGCAAAGUUCAGCACUGCGCUGUUGAACACUAUUCAAGGCAUUUGCUUCAGUCCAAUAGCCGACGUGCACAUAAAUAUCACCUCCGCUUAUUGCACAGCAUUAUCCAAUUUUCCCUCAAGUUCAUUGGAAGCAGAACAAGUUAACUUUCUUGUCAACCUUUAUUCGUUUAAAAAGGUCUACUUGGAUAAAGUUGACUUCAGUGAAUGGAUCAACCCCAAAAUUCUCCAAACAUUCCACAAUGCUUCCAAAGCCAAGUUAAAAGUAUCCGAACAAGUUUUUCACCUGUUGGCCUUGAUCCUCAAUAAUACGUGUGCUGAUGGUGAAGACUCGCAAGACUAUCCGGUGGCGAAGGUUACUUUGGACACGGUAACCAACUACUGCGUUGAAGAUCCCCUGCAUCUUCCAUCGACAAUUGUGGAGGCAAUUGAAAACCUGCUUUUGGAAUCGGAUGUUUUCGAUGAAAUUUGCGCUGGCAUCGUGGAGCAGUGCAUGUUAGCUGGGCGUUGGGUGUCUGAUUCUAUCAUUGAAGAAUUUUCCAAAUAUCUUUGGUAUGAACCUGAAACGUCGGUGCCAUUUCUAAGGCGUAUUGCCAUCGCUAACGAAAAUCAGGAAGUGUCCAAUCCCAUUUUCGAAAACUUUCAAAUGGAAUUGGUUGGACUUAGACUACAUCCCGAUGUCACUACAGAGGGUGCACAUUUACUUCGCCAAAUUGGUAUGACAAAUGGACAUCCUUCGGAGCUGUUUCAGUGUUUUUCAAAUCACAUUUACAAUGGAAAACUUCUCAGUCCUUUGAACCUUGAAGUGGUUCUUCAUCUCUUGGAAACCACCUGGAAACGGCGAGGCAAAGAGAGACAGGAAUUGAUCCAGAACUUGAGUUGGGUUGUGGCAAAUGGACAAAGCUUGCCAAAGUCUAUUAUCGAUUCAGCUCUAAAUUUGGAAGGCGGCAGUGGCGACGACGACUACGAAACUCAAUUAGACUUUGCCAUUGCAGUCACUCAAAAGAAUCAACAUCUGCCGGAACAAUUUCUGUUUCGCAUAUACAAAGAUCUGUGGACCAAUCAAAAAGUUCUGACUCUGAUCAAAACGAUGAUCCAGUGCAACUAUCCGUUACCUGUGGAAGUUAUUAAAAACUACUGCCAAAAACUCCUCCAGCUGUCAGAAAAGGCGGCAGCGAAAAACUGUAUCGCCUCAAAUUUGGUGGUGUCACUGCUUCAUCUUUUGGAAAAUAACUUAACUGAGGAUCAGUCUACUCUGGAGUUAAUUAUGAAAAUAUUACAAAAUGCCGUGCGAUCCCAAAACAUAACUCUAGUUGGAGUUGGCAAGAAGGGACUAAAACUACUUCCGAAAAGUAUGAUUGGUGCUGAUGUUGAGGAAGAGUUUGGAUUGAAAGGGAUAUCUGUUGGUGCUGCAGCAUUAAUAGCACGGUUUUUGGCUAGGCGAAAGAGACCGGUAACGCGUCAACUACUUCAAAACAUAGAAGAUUUGCAAAGGCGGGGAUCAUUUCCUUCCGUCCAAUUGCCAAGCAAGAAAAUGGAUGAAAUUGAAAGGCACUUGGGAUCAGAUUUGGAGUUUAUAGAAAAAGUCGGAAAACUUUUAAUUGGAGGACGGAAUGGCGUUUUGAAUGACUUUGAGAUAAGGAUGAUGGAAUCAAUUUGUUUUACUAUGGCCAACGCAAGAUCAUUGGAAUUAGUAAAAGUUUGCAGAGCUGUUAUUGCAUCCGUUGUUAAAUCACGAAAUUGGCAACUAUCUCGCUCUUGCUUGAAUCAAUUGUCUGUCAACAAAGACAACAUGGAGUGGCUGGUAUCAAUUAACGUACAAGAUGAAGCUAUCGAUGCCUUAAUCAGAUGGGUAGCCAAACCUUCAAGUUCCAAAAGAAGAGCGACUCUGGGAAGAAUAUUUCAAAAUUUUGAACUCUGCUGUAAACACUACUCCAAAAUAAUAGAAGCACUGCGUGCAACCAAUCAGAAAGAAUGGAAGAAAGUGCCCAACUUGGGAAAUGCCGUUGCAGCCUGUGUCACAGAAUCUCAAGGAAAUGUAUGCGACCAACAAAUUGUACGAAUUCUUAAAGAGCAAAUAUUAAACGGGGAUAUUGUUCCAAUCGUUCUUCAAGCUUACCACGUAAUCCAAAACUUGACUACAGAUACCGACUGUUUGGUAGCGUUAUCAACAUAUUUCAAGAAAUUCCAGAAGAAACUAACAAAACUGGAUAUAAAUUGGUUCUUCAGGAUUUUCAUUAAAGCCGCCAACCAUUUGGAAUUUUUACCCACAGUUUUGUUUGACUUCUUAUUUGACGGCAUUAUAAAUGCAAAUCCUGUUAUAAGAGGAAAAUCUUUUGAGAUUUUGCUAGUACUUCGCCAAAAGAACACAAACCAGUGGCAAAAAUUGAAGGAGGAGGGUAGGUGGGAUCAGAUGUUCCAAAAUAGUCUGCUCACAUUUUACUCCGAAGUUUAUGGACCGUACGACAAUGAGGAAAUGUGGAACUUAGAAGAAGACGAAUUCAACAUAAAUUUGCUGUAUAUUCUUCAUGCAUCUUCGUUCUGGGAACUGGGUGGACUUCGGAAGUUGGAAAGAAGCAAGUGGAUUCAUCAUCUUCUUGUGUCAGAUACGGUUCUGUCGUUGGCUGUUACUAUAGACGAACAAUUCAAACUGCUUCCACUCGCUGAUGAGGUCUGUAACCUACUUUCGCCUGGAGAACGACUAGACUUUGUAGAAACUUUGAAGGAUUAUCUGCCACAGUCGCCAGUGUCUACAAAUCAACUCUUGGCGUUUACAGUUUCGGCAUUUGCUAGCACCGAAAACAAAACAGAAGAGUUCACUAAAAACAAUGUGGGAACAACGGUUUGGUGGGAGUCUUUGAUUUAUGAUGAAUUGAGCAAAAUUCUUUGUGCAAAGGUAAAUGGACUCUCCCACGCUGUAGCAAAAAUGGGGCUGUCGGAAGCUGGAGUUCCAGUUGACCUUUUACAACUGCUGGUUACAAAACUCGAGAAAGGGACAGGUUUCAGAGAAUUUCAGAAACUAUUGGAAUUCGUCAGAAAUAAUAGCAACAAGAAGCUGUUGAUGAAAUCACAUUUAGAAGAAAUCGACGAGCAGCUCGAACUAGAUCAAAUGGAAAUCUCACUCCAAACAGUAGUACUCAUGUCACACCUUCCGAAAUCUUCUUCACUUACUUCCGUCAUCCACCGAGUAACUCAUAAGUUGCUCAGUAAACGCUACGAUUACAUCGGCCUACAAAAGAUAUUCAAACAAAUUGAAAUUGAGAAGAAAAAGAAUUUACCCGGAACAUCUGGUCUGGAAGUUUUAGAAAACGUUCUGUAUCAAAUGAACGCUUACCAAGUUACUUCCGACAGAGCGGCUCAACUGUUUACCACCUUGGAGCAAAAAAAAGUGCCUGACUGGAUUGCAACCUCUAACAGUUUUGUUAUGGAACACCUGUACAGCGGUUCACAAGGCGUUAAAACGAGCACCACACUUGUAAAAGAAUUUUCUACUGCCAAUCCACAAUUUACUGGAAAUUUGGCAGAGUUCUCCGCAUCCGUAAAACAAAUUCAAGAUGGGUGUUACAAAAAACCAGAAAUUUCUACCGAAUUUAUUUGCAACUGGACCGUCUCGGAAAUUUCUAACUGGGCUCGCACCAUGCAAGGGAAAUUAUCCAUUGACAACUUAACUGAAUUCCUUACUGUUGUCUCCAGAGCUUGCGUCAUUCUGCGAAAUUAUCGCCUAACACCGGUUCAAAUUUUGUCCGUGUACUCAUCAAUGAGCUCCGGUGGUGGACUGGGAAAGCUGCUUCAAGUAGCAACUGGGUCUGGAAAGUCCACGAUAAUAGCAACAAUUGCUGUAUUCAAAGCCCUUCAAAAUCUGACCGUUGACAUUUACACUAGCAGCUCAGUCUUAGCUGAAAGAGAUGCGAAAACGUGGGCCUCAUUCUAUAAACUAUUUUGCUUCACCUGUGACCAUAACGGCGACAAAGGAUCCGGUUACAUUCGAGGAGAAAAGAACUGCUACAAAAAAACUAUAGUGUACGGAGACACUUCCCAAUUUCAAUUUGAUGCUCUACGACACGACUACAGUGGAUUGGGAACCAGAGCCAGCCGACUGUACAAAAAUAGUUUUGCAAUUGUUGACGAAGUGGACUCUAUGUUGGUGGACGAUAGCUCUAAGCUAGCUCGUUUGUCGUCCAACCUUCCCGGAAUGGAUCUUCUUCAAAUAAUGUAUCACCUGAUUUGGCAGAGGUUGUAUGACGUACAAAACCGAUUGUUUGCCGUGCAAGACAAAACUUAUUAUCUGGAAGGCGCCAGGUCACGGGACAAGACCACUGGAAAUAUGUUAUACACAUACCUGCAUCAUGAUGGAACACAUAAACGUGUUAAGAACGUGGCUAUGCAUAUUCUCAACAGUUCCGAAGAAGAGUUGGAGGCGUCAUUUAUCUAUGAGGUUAAAAAUAUUGACAAUUUUGUAACGGAUCAUUUGAAGAUGUAUACUAGAGCUUUGAUCGGAGACGAACCAUUUAAAGACAAUGGAAAACUGAUACAAAAGUUGGCACUGCCUAAACCUCUUGUGGAAUUUUCGAGGAGUCAAGUCAACAACUGGAUUGAUUCAGCAAUUACGGCGGUGGCCUUUCAAGAGAAUGUGCACUAUGUGGUAGAUCAAGAUCGAAUUAAACCGGUGGAUUUUCACUCUACGGGAAUAAUUCAAAGUUCAACAAAUUGGAACAAUGGACUACAUCAAUUUCUCCAGAUCAAACAUUCACUUAAAGUGACGACGGAAACUGUGACUACAAACUUUUUGUCAAAUAUGGCCAUGUUCCAGAAAUACGGAAAAGACUUGAUUGGUUUCACGGGAACCUUAGGAUCCAGUUUCGGACAGAGUAUGCUCAAAGAGGUGUAUAACGUGGAAACCAUUAUUAUUCCAGAGAUGAACUACAAAUUAUUCCAACAACUACCCGACAUUGUCGUUCCAAAUGAAAAGGAGUGGCUGGAAACGGUGGCGCAUUCGGCGUUGCAUGAAAUUUCAAAAUUGCGUGCAGUAUUGGUAAUUUGCCAAACAAUUAAACAGGCGGAGUUGGUUGAGGCUGAAUUAGCGAAACGGAGCCAUGGAAAAGUUGUCGUUAAAAUGUACAUCCGUAACGACCAAAAUCAGGAAAAACAGGUGGAACAAGUGAAUCCAGGAGAUGUUAUCGUUGCCACAAAUUUGGCGGGAAGAGGAACUGACAUCAAAACGUUCAAAGUGGAGAAAUUCGGAGGCCUCCAUGUUAUCCUCACUUUUCUUCCAGACAGUUUACGUGUUGAAGAACAAGCGUUUGGACGCACCGCCCGGCAAGGUAAUAAUGGUACCGGAGAGCUUAUCUUAGUGUCUGGUGACGACAGUGCAGAAGUCAUGAAGCGACGACGGGAUAUGCAUGAACGAUAUGCUCUCACCACAUUUAAAGACUCGGAGCUUGCACUCAUCCAAACCAAGGACAAGUUGUUUAGUCGGUUCUGCAAACUUUAUUCAAAAAUCAGGGCAGCGUUAAAUGGCUGGUUAAUGGAGAAGUUGGGUUGGGACUCUCUCACAGUUUUAGAGCAGACGGUGCUACAAGCUAUAGAAGAACAGUGGGCAAUCUUUUUGAAGAAAAUUGACGAUGAUAAUAUAGCCGUUUCAGAUGCCGAAGAGAAGUACAAGCAUUUCGAAACUGGAAUAGAAGCAGAUUUCCAGAAUCGAAAAUCAAUAGCCAUUACACAGUCCUGUUUUUACUGGAUACAAUGUGGUAACGAAUACUAUAAGAGGAAGAAAAUGGACAAAGCUUUACAAUGCUAUGACAAGGCCAUUUCAACCGAUGCCGAUUUUGCUGCUGGAGCACACGCCGGAAAAGGAUUCGUUUAUCUAAACACAAAAAAGCCAAAGGAUGGCUACAAACUGAAAGCCAUUUCGCACUUGACAGAGGCUCUUACGGUACUUUAUACUGAAAUUGGAAUGUACACUACAGCUCAAACACUGCUUCAGCACAGAGGUGGCCAGGUGGAUUCAGAGUUAUUUAAACAACUUACGGAAAAAGUCAACCUGAUUGGCGAUUUUUGCAGAAUUGUUGAAGGAAACAUUUCCGCUUCGGCGAGAUCCUUGCGAAGAGUGUAUGUCACAGAGACCCUCCCGGACACCAUCCAAUCUACACGACAAGUGGAUGACCUGAAGCCGGUGGUUCCUUGCAGCAAGCACGAAUCAUUUGGUAAUUUUUCGCUACAGUUUUAUGACCUGACCUAUUUCUGGGAUACUGGGCUUCAAUGUCAGGCUCUGGACACAAUUGACGCAUGUGGAAAAUAUUGCAAAAAUAUGUCCAUCUCAGUGGACAGUCAAAAUUUGGAAGAGCUUUUCAAUCAGGUUAAGGAUCACACAAAGACACUUCCAAUUCUUCAGAUUGACGGCGCUAACUGGACCGAAGUUAGGAAAUUAGUUUCGGCUUUGACCCCAAAAUCGUUUUCGUUGGUUAUUGCCGGGAAUAAAGACUUUGCUACGAAACUAUCCAACAUUACUGAAAUGUCAUCUAAAACAUUUGCAGUGAGCUAUGAGAGGAAUGACGUGAUGUGCAGGAAAACGUUGAAGAAAGGAUUCGAGCCGACAGAGAUUCCAGACGAUGUCCCGCUCCGGGUUGAAAUAGAGUUGGAAAAUACUCGUGAAAUGGCGAAUAUGAAAAGCUUGAAUCUGGAUGCUGAGAUUUCCUUAAUAUUUCGAAAUGUUUCCAAGGAGACCAUCGACAAAAACUGGCAACCUGCCUUGCAAGGAUUCACUUCGAAUACGGUAACUUUUUCUGGGCUGGAGACCUCCAAAAUAAAAUCGAUUGUUGUAGCUCUUCGAACACAUAACAAAAACUUCCGAAUAACGCUGGAAGGAAUGAGUCACAACCAGGCAAAUCAAUGUUUAUCGGCUGCGGUUCGAAGACAGGAAGAGAUGGAUCAAACCGAAAUGAAAGAAAUGGGACAGCAGUUCAGCUCGGAUUACAUUCCAUUGGAAAUGAUACGAGAACUGAGUCAACGUGGAAUUCUGCUGAUGCCAGUAUUUGGCGAAAAAGCGUUUGUGCCUUGGCGAAGCGUCAUAUCGGUUGCUUUAAUCGCCACUGUUCAAGUUGUGGCUGGCGGUGUUCUUGUUUGCACCGGAUUCGGGGCAACGCUUGGAAUGGGACUUAUAACGGAAGGAUUUGCAGACUAUGUUACAUCAUAUCGUGCUUUCUCAUCUCGUGAAUUUAACUGGACUUCGUAUGCCAUUCAAAAAGCGGUCAGUUUAACCAUUACAUGUGUGUCGAUGGGAUUGGGAGCGUUAAAAGAUGGUGCGAAGGGAAUAGCUCAAUUAGGACAGUCGGCUGCGACCGAAGUGGCAGAGCAGGCUGGUACGAAAAUGGUCACUGGAGUAGCAAAGCAAACUUUAAAUGCUACAAUCAGCGCAACUGCGAAAACCUUGAAAUCGUUGGUUGUGAAGCAUAUAGCAGUUCAGGCAACGGAAACGGUUGCGAGAACCGGUAUAAACGCCGUUGUAGAAACGUUAGCAGAGUUUGCUUUUGAUAGUGUCAAAGAUAAAAUAACAUUGGAAGUGGACGCUACAGUCAGAAGAGAAUUUAGAAAACCUGAAUUUACCACUUGCCUUGCCACUUAUUCAGCCUUGGAUAUGGCCAGACGCAGUAAAUUGUUGGAAUAUAAAGUUAAUGGAUGGUUGAUGGAGGUGACAAAUCCGCAUUCAAACGAUUGGAACAAAUUGUGGGACCAAGUGGGCUACCCACUCAUUCAAGGAAUUCUAUCCGACCCGAAAUAUCUUGGAAGUGGUUUUAGCAUGACAACGCGUCUCAUUGGGUUAAUCAAUGGUUCCGAAGAAAUUUUAACAGUCACGACCAGAGUCACGGAAAAUAUAGAAGUAAAGCUAAGGAGCGAGGUAAAAUCUUUCACCCCUGCGUACGCGCUACAGGAACGUUUUGGAAUAAACUCAGCUGACGCAGAGAAAGUUGUUAAAAUGAUGGAUUUUGGAAACGAAGGGAUAUUCUAUGUGAAGGAUUUUCCAAAUGAGUCUGACCUAGAAACAUGCAAAAUCGAAAGUCUAGAAUUGGAAGAUAUGAAGAAAUUGUUCGAUACGUUGCACAGUACAGAGAAAAAGUUUACGAUGGACCAAAAUGCAGACAUGAGUAGAUUAAUGAAAACCGUUGCUGACCACUUGACAUCGCAUAUAAUCCAUGUUGCCAACAGGCAAUUGGUAAGCCCAAUUACGACUCUAGCUGUCGGUAAACUGGUUGCGGCGAUAUCCCAAGAAAUUCAAAGUAAAUACCUUGUUAGCGACAGAGAAUUGUCGGAAGAUCAACUGAAGGUGAAGGAGUUGAAGGAGAAGGAUCCCAAAGACCUGUCUAGCGAUGACAAAAAAUUCCUUUUAGAGAAUGAUCGACCGGUGACUUUUGCUGAGCAAAUCCGCGGCAAUGCUAAGGACUAUACGGUAGCUUAUCAGAAGAGAGAUAUUAUCGCUAACAUUUUGACGAUGACUAAGGAACAAAUACAAAAUCAAAAAGUGCCGGAUAAAUUUACAAAGGAAGCGGAUAAGGCCAUUGACCAAAUUCUAAGUGGAGGCCCGGCAGAUAUGACAACCGUGUUUAUGCUGGCCCAGCUAAACGGAGCGAAUGUGAAAAUGGUUGAUGACCCAAGUUAUGUACCAACAGAGGAGGAUAAGAAAGCUGGAGUUCAAAUAAUAGUUUGGGAAAAGCCAAAGGAGGGAGAGACUGUGGGUCAUUACACGUUGAAAGACACUAAGACUGGGGAGAGUAGGGACUUUGAGGAUAGCAGCGGGAAGAAUAAUUGCGCCUACGAUGUAUUGAGUCACAUCACCGGAAAGAGUGCCGAUGAGCUAAGGCUGCAAGGGGCGGUGUUUGUAGCUUGUAACCAGGAGAAGUUUGCGGAAAUUGAUAAGUCAGCGCAAUGGAUACGAGAAAGGUAUCCACAAGAAGCUGCAAAUCUUUUACACGCUGGCGGAUUUAAAAAAAACAGCGACCGGACGCCGGAGUCAAAAAUUGCCUUAGAAAACACGAGAACAAAAGACAAGAAAAAUAUUGAAAUUAUUGGUGAUGACACAGGAAACAAAGUUGUCACUUACUAUGAGUACGUGGACCCUUACAAAGGAAAUGAAAUGUACAGCAUAAAAAAUAACGACGACAUGAACGAGAGUGUAAAGAAGUGUUUAGACAGCUGGGAUAACAAUAAAGGCUUGUCCCCAGUAGCACAGUCGGGAACGCUGGCAUCUUAUGGAUUCGAUGGUCCUCAAGACCGAAAAACUGGCGUGAGGAUAGAUCAGCAAGAAAGAUAUAGUCAUCCCAUUACUGGCGAAGACUACGUAAAUAUUCAGAUCCAGGUAAAUGGUAUCAGUCGGAAGGAAAAUGGGGGUCGGUCAACUACAAUAGCGGAAGCUCACGUUCCAGCAAAACUGUUGGAAACAAUGCCAAAUAAAGUGAUUGGCGCCCUCACUAAUAGUAUGAGAACAGGAAAAGCGUGCCAUAUAGGACAAUCACAUUAUCGCUGAUGUUAAAAAUGAUGUACAAAUCGGAUUUUUUUGUAACGAACGAUAUUAAAAUAAUGCAAGAGAAGACUUAA